AUGCAAUAUCGAUAUAUUUUUUUGUUGGAAGAAUUUCGAGCCGGUUUCGAUGAUAGUGUAGAAAGAAAUGAUGUUCAAGAAUCGACAGUAGAAAAUACUGAUAUAAAAAAAGAAAUUGAAAAUGGUGAUGGAGAAUCAUCAAUUGUCGAAAAUAAAACAACAACUGAAUCUGUUAAUCAAAAAUUAGAAAAUAUUGAUGAUGAUAAAAAAAACAAAGUUGAAAACGUUACUACUGUAAACGAUGGAAAUAAAGAAACUGAUGUUAAAAGUGAAGAUGAUAAAAAUGAUGUUGUAAUUGAAAGAAAUGAUUCGGGUGAUGAUAAGGAAAAUGAUAAAAAAGAUGAUGAUAAAGAACUCGUGCCAGAAUCAAAAGUUGAAAAACCUUUGGAUCACGAUCAAGAUAGGAGAAAUCCUCAGUACAUUCCCAAAGGUGGAGCCUUUUACGAACACGAUAAUCGUACAUCGUUGGAAGAUGUAGAAAACAAAGAUCCGCAAGAUGUUGAAAAAAAAAAGAAAGUAUGGAAAGAAUCGAAAGAAUCUGAAAGGUGGUUACACGAUUGGUACGAAGAAUCAGAACAAACUCCAAAAUCAAGAGCAGAAAUAAUUGAAACUUAUGGUUACGAUAUAAGAAAAGAAGAAGCACCGCCGAGAGCAAGAAGGAGAAGAAAAUACGGACGAGGACCUGAUAAAUACGAUAGAAAUUGGGAAGAUGAACAAGCUUAUAUGGUUAAACAAAAUGCUCAGGGAAGAAGAGGGAAAAAGAAAUCUUUUGGAAAGGAUGAAUUUCCUCCGCUUCCAUCGAAUCAUAAAAAAGAUUCGAGCGUUGAAAAAACUUCACCGAAAUCACCGUCGAGGAAAAAAGGAGAGGAAGACAACAGCGUACAGAAGAAAAAUCACAAAAUAAUAAUUAAUCACGAGAAACCGACGAGUGGUCCAUCUAACACGACGAUACGAGAUGAUUAUGCUCCCAAUCGAAACGGCACGCAAAUAAUAAAUUCAACGAGAAAAUUCCCGAUACAAAAUAAUAAAAAAAUGAAUCACAAAGAGGAUCACAUCAAACCUUUCAGGCAAUUCGAUAAAACGAAAGGAAAAAUGAAUAAUAAUUUCAGGAGAGAACCGAUAAAAACAACAAGAACGAAAAUAAUAAAUCAGGAAGAAUCUCACGGAGUAGUCAAAAACAUGGAAUCGAAUAAAAAUUAUUCCGGGGAUACGGAUGUGGGUCAUUUGUCGGAAAAUUUCGGUCAAAUGACUUUUCACAAUAAUAAACAUUCGACGGGGAUGAGAGAUAAUCGACAAGACUCGACAAAUGAAAUAACCGAACAAGAACUCGACAGUUCGGCAAACAGACUGAAUCCGAAACGUUAUUCGAAGAAUAGAAAAGGUUUUACGGGUUUUUUCCCUCCCGAAGAAAUUGUCGAAAUCGAUCCGUUAGAAAUAAAACAAAUGCAACAGCAACAAGAUCAACAACCUAAAAAUCAACACAUGAGUUUACAACAGCAACCUUUGAAUAUUCAAAGCGUUAUCAGGAGGUAUCCGGGAGCUUACAACGGUAAUCCGGGUUACUUGACAUCGAGACCGAUAAUAACGGGAAUACCGCAGCAGGGUAUGAGUCCUCAAGGUUUGCAACAGGCAUUGAGUCCUCAAGGAAUUCCACAGCAAGCUCUAAGUCCACAGGUUCCCGGUUUGCAAGCCAUCGAACUUCAACAGGGUCCGAUGCCUCCUCAACCCAAUUUCGUUCCUCCGAUGUACAUCGACAUUGAUCCCCACACUUACGGAGCCUCGGAAUUGAUGGGACCCUAUACCGGAUACGCUCCUUAUUCAGCGAAUCAACCGGGUGAAAUGUAUCAAACAUCAGGUGGGAUAACAUAUUAUCAUACGGAAUGUCAAAAUUCAAAUCCUUUGAGAGCACCGCCGGCGAGAAGGCAAAAAUCAGCGAUACCAAUAAUACCGCCACCGGAAUAA